AUGACCUCCUUUAAUCGUGCGACAAUUAAAGGGGGAGGGGCUUUUGCGGAUAACCUGAUAGGCGUUGCGCAGAAGAACAACCCCUUUGCGAAAGCAGCAGCCAAUGGCGGAGAGUCGGGCAAUGAUUCGCCUGCUGUCGGUGAUGGGCCGGGACGGAUGAUCGCCCCGGGCGCCGGUCGCCGGUCGCUGUCGGAGAGAUUCAACGUCAAGGUCAACGCUCAGACUGGCGGCGCGACCUGCACGAUUCCCAUCGAGACCAGCAAGGGACGUAUUGGUGCCGGACUGGCGCUGAGUCUCGAAUACGGAUCCGGGACGGCUACCGCGAAUAGCGUCUUCGGCAUGGGAUGGCGCUUGGCCGGCGUCGACUCCAUCACACCCAAAACCCUGACCGUCCCGACCUACGAUGAUGAUCGCGAUACUUUUGUCCAUUCCAGCCUGGGCGACUUGGUUCCCGCCGAGAGGCCCACACAGACCACGCGCGUCGAGUACUGGACAAAGCCUUCCGGUCAAGAUACGUUUUGGCGAACCAUAUCCUCAACCAACGUCGUCACCAUCUACGGCCGGGGCGACAACGAUCAAGUCUUCCACCUUUUAGAUGGUCUCAAGAAAGUCUUCUCAUGGCUUGCGUCAGAAGAGUAUGAUAGUCGAGGAAAUCAUGUUGGGUACGUUUACAAGGCCGAGAAUAGCGCGGGCAUCCGCCAUGAUCGCGAUGUGUUUGAAAAGGCGCACCCGCCAUCGCCACAGCGGUACCUCAAGUCUAUCCUGUACGGAAACACGAUCCCGAGCCGCUCCAUAGACAAUUGGAGCAACGUAACUCGGCCUUCCGAGUGGCUGUUUGAGAUUAUCUUCGACUACGGCGACCACGGGGAUGAACGGCCGACUGCCCAAGAGGAGCAUGCCUGGGAACUCCGGCCCGACCCUUUCUCCAACUACAAUAGCGGCUUCGAGAUACGCACUUACCGUCGGUGCCACCGCGUCCUCAUGUUUCACCAGUUCCCGUCCGAACUGGGCCGCCAGGACUGCCUGGUUUCUUCGACGUGCUUUGGGUACGAGACGGACAAACGCUCAGGCGCCUCCUUUCUCCAGUCAUGUGUCCACAAGGGCCCUACCCCUAAAGGAGAAACCGACUAUUGGACGCUCUCACUGCCGCCCGUCGAGCUUUCUUACACGACGGGUCCUCCUUCUCUCGCAGCUCUACCCGUUGAAGAGCUUGAUCUACGCAUGUCUGGUCUAGACACCCCGGCAGCGCAAUGGAUCGACCUCAACGGCGAGGGUGCGCCCGGUGUGCUCACGAAGGCCGAGGGCGCAGGAUGGUACUACCAGCGGAAUCUCGCCCGGGACGGCCAUCCGCAGAUUGGAGAACCGCUCCCGGUGGCCGUUGCACCGAGCACGGCGCAGUCUGCUGCGACGGGCUGGCAUUUCGAGGACAUUCGGGGGAACGGGCUGCUAGACGUCGUGGUCGUCACCGCCGACGGCAGCCUCCGCGGCUUUUACGAGCGCGAGGAGGAUGGGGGGUGGCUGAACUUUGUCCCUUUCGACUCGUACCCUAUGACUGAUGAUUCAGACGCCUUCCGUUCUAUCGACUUAACCGGGAGCGGCCAUGCCGACCUGCUGCGGAUGACGCCCACAGCCAGCGGGUCUCUUGUUUGGAACCCGUCCCAGGGUCCAUUAGGCUUCAGCGCGUCGCAAACCGCUGUUGGAGCGCCGGUUCUGUCUUUGGAUGACCCUAUGUCGCUGAUACAGCUCUGUGACAUGUCUAGUGAUGGCCCGGCCGACAUCGUGGAGAUACGCCACGGCACAUUCGGAUCUAAGGUUGUCAUGGGCCACGCCCCUCGCCUGGCGCCGUCUGAUCUUUUCUCGCCGCGGCGCAUCCGGUCCGCUGACUUGACAGGGUCUGGCACUACCGAUCUGAUAUAUGUGCUACCCGAAGGCGGCACAGUGGUCUACUAUAACCGCUCUGGGAACGACUGGAGCGAUGGGCAUACGGUGCCGUCCUUUCAUUCGCUUGACGACGCAUCCGCUGUUGAUGUUUUAGACCUCGGGGCUCAAGGUGGCGCGUGUUUAUGUUGGAUUUCCGAUCGGAACGCCAGCGGGUCAGGGGGCAGCGGGCUCUCGACCGUUCGUUACGUGAAUCUCUCCGGGCCGCAGCGUCCCGGCCUUCUCGAGCGUUGGUCGAACGGGCUCGGGCUGGAAACCACGUUUACUUACCGGCCCUCGUCCUCAUUCUACGUGGACGACGAGAUCCGAGGGACACCCUGGGCGACGAAACUCCCGUUCCCGCUCCUCUGCAUCGCCCAGACCGUGACGGUAGACCGCGCCGCCCAAACUUCGUCCACAGCCCGCUAUGCCUACCACAAUGGCUACUACGACUACGCAGAGAAGGCCUUCCGCGGGUUUCAGAUGGUGGAGACGUGGGACGCCGAAGACUUCGAUUCUUCGCUGACCGCGUCAUCGUUCCAACGCUCUCCGGUGCUUACACGACAGUGGUUCUACGUGGGUCUGGCACGGCUGGACGAGCCGAGCAGCUUGCCGUGGAGCUAUGACGUAGGAACAUCACGGCAUGCUUUGCUAGCGAGCGCCACUAUACCAUCGUCCGGAUCCGACUCGUCGUCGGCAGCCGAGGAAGCGUAUCGAGCGCUGGCCGGGCGGGAACGACGGACCGAGGUCUUCAGUGCCGACCCCUCAGACCCUAAGGCUGCAUUCCCUUACUUGAUCUCUCAGCAGAACUACCAAGUCGCACUGCUACAAGAAGCGCCGCAUCGCAUAGCGUGCAGGGUUCACCAGCGCGAAGAAAUCACGGCGGACUACGAGAGGACGACGUUCAAGAACGAUCAGGGGCAAUUGGAGCUGUCGCUCGAUGAUUCCCGCGUCCAGCACCGCCUCACCCUCCAGACGGACAGCUACGGAAAUGUCCUCCUGGAAGCUCUUGUGAGUUACGGGAAGCCCUCUAGCCAGCUCCCAGACCCCGACGACCAGCGAAAGCAGAAGGAGACCAUCCUUAGCUACACGGAAAUGGCUUAUACCAAUGCCGUCGAAGCCGACAGCUAUUUCCAGGCCCCUCUCAUUGCUGAAGUCCGAAACUACCGAGUCUUCACAGCCGUCAGCGUACAGGGGCAGGACCGGUAUGCGUGGGAGACACUCGCCCAACACGACGCAGGACUGCUGAGGGAUGCUGUGGAUAUUCCCAUCGAUGUUGAUCCGUACGAGCAGAUCGCGCACGUCGAUCCCAAAGGAUACCGUAUCCUGCUGGCAGAAGAACGCACCUUGUGCACCUCAACAGAUCUGCGUGGACCGCUUCCUGUUAGACAGCUCGACGAGUUCUCCAUAGUUCAUCAAAAAUACCAGAAAGCCUUGACAUCAGACCUCCUUCAAAAGGCCUUGGAUGGCGCACGACCUGCUAUUGAUGCACAGACCCUGACCACACAGCUCAAAUGCGGCGGGUACGUCGAGCUGGGCGUCGAGAGCGGCACGUGGUGGAUUCCAUCGUCGCGUGCUGUCUUCGGGGACGACGAUCCGGAUGGCCGCCUCAAAGACGCCCGUGCUCACUUUUACAUACCAGACGGCGAGAUCGAUGUGUACGGCAAUGUUUCAACAAGAGAGUUUGAUAAAUACUAUCUGUUGGUUAGGAGCACCACCAAUGCCGUCGGGAGCACGACUUCAUUUGACAGCGACUAUGCCAGACUCCAGACCGUCAUGACCACGGACGCAAACAAGAACAGAGUCCAAACGGCUCUCGAUCCACUCGGGCGCAGUAUAGGGGCAGCAAUCCUGGGGAAAGAGGGGGGCAGCAUUGCGAAUAGCUUGGAUGGAUUCCAGAGUGAGAUCGACCAAGCAACACUAGAGGCUUUUUUCAACACCCUUUACGGGGAGACAGCGCGUUCCCUGCUCGCCAACGCAAGCCGGCGGACGAUAUAUGACUUUAACUCGUACCAGCAAAGCAGUAUAUCCAGUGAUGAGGCGUCGAGGCCGCCUGCGCGGGUUGCUGAGCUUACCCGUCACGAUCACCUCGGAACGGAUGCAGGCGCUGCCUCUCGAAUCUCUGUACGUAUCAAGUACCUGGACGGCACUGGCACAGGUAUCCAAUCAGCGUUACUAUCAAGCGAGCCAGACAAGGACGGGAACACCACGUGGGAUUUUACCGGCUGGGUGAUCGACAAUAACAAGGGACAGCCAGUACAGAAGUUCCAGCCGUUGCGGGCCCCGUCUCACGCCUUCCAGCGUCCGGGCCCCAGCGCGGGGGCGCAACCCGACCUCCCUGCCACGACGCUGCUGCGAGAUCCUCUUGGACGGAUUGUUGGUAUACUAUACCCAGACCACAGCUGGUCCAAGACCCGAUUCACUCCGUGGACGCAGCUUGAGUACGACGCAGGGAACACGACCGGCAUUGCCGACCCAGCAACAGACGAGGACCUGGCCUCACAUUUUCAACGGCUCGCCCGGUCUUUAUAUUUCCCCACGUGGCGCGACAAAACGAUGGCCGAUGACCCUUCUGCGAAGGGGAGACAAGCAGUGCUCCAAUCGGAGGUGUACGCCGACGCCCCUACGGCCACGUACCUGGAUGUCCUUGGACGGACCAUCUUCACCGAGACCGGCAAGGGCCAGGAUAUGCGGCACGCUCGCGUGGACUACGACGCGCGGGGCCGGGUUUCUAAAGUUCGGGAUGGGCUGGAUCGCACAGUCGAGACAGCUCAGUACGACCUCCUCGGCCGGCGACUCCGGAGCAACAACAUGGACGGCGGCCGGCGCUGGCUACUCCCCGACUGUGACGGGCUUCCACUCCUAUCGUGGUCAGAUAGGGGGACACGGACGCGGUUCGAGUACGAUGCGCAGCGGCGGGUCAAGAGUGUCUGGACACUGUCCUCGAAGGCCCCGAGAGCCGAGAUCGAGGUGGCCAGGAAAAUCUACGGCGAGGAGCGACCAGAUGCUACGAGCGCCAACUUGCAUGGCCAGCUGUACAAGUGCUACGAUCAAUCCGGGCUGCUUGUCAACUCCAACUUCGACUCGGCUACAGAAAAUGAGGAGCCGGCGCUUGAGAAGCAAGAGUACACGACCCAGUGUCGGUACAACGCUCUCGGGCUGCCCGUAGAGAAUACGUCGCCAGAUCUGGGGAGGACACAGCGCGAGUACGAUAUCGCUGGCCGGCUGAGUGCUCUCGAGUCGUACGAUGAGCAUGGGUCACAGGCUACCACAUCUUCGACGAAGAACAUUGAGUACGGCGCGAGCAACAAGAUCGUCCGGAUCGAGUACGGCGAUAAGUCGCGGUCAAUAAAUGUAUACGAUGAGCGAAUGCAACGCCUCGUGGCCACACGAACCGUGCGCACCACCGACGGGCGAGUGCUACAGGACGUCUCGUAUACCUACGAUUGUCUAGGCAAGGUCGUUUGGACCGAAAACAGUGCUAGCAUGAUCAUGGACGGCACAGACUCGGUCUCCCCAGCGCAGAAAUAUCGCUACGACUGCCUUGGCCAACUUACGCAAACCACGGCGUGCAUACAGGUCAACCCGGAGUUGAAGCAGCUGCUGCCGUACGGCUCCAAAGAUACCGUCGCCGGCAGAUCAUCAGUCAGGUAUACGGAGACGCACACCUACGACAGGGCUGGGAACAUGCUGACGAUGCGAAAUGCCCCCGGCAGCGGGUACUCGGGUUGGACAAGGACGUACACGUACGCAGAGCCGAGCUGCAUCCUGGACGGUGAAAUGAGCAAUCGGCUCACUCGCACCGUUGUGGGCAACGUGACAGAAGAAUACCGCUACGACGGCGACGCCGGACGCCACGCUAUCUUGGGACGACAACGACCAUCUGCGCGCGCCUUCUCGACCCAGAGAGUGUCGGCAGACGCAAUUCCCGAGACGACGUGGUACGUCUACAACGCCGAAGGCACGCGCGUGCGCAAGGUCACCGAGCGGUCAUCCAGGGGUAUCAGUGGUACAGUCUCGGGGAACAAUACUGCCGUUUCUGAUAACGGACCUCGGAAGAGCAAGGAGACGCGCUACCUGAGUAUGGGCGACAUCUUCUCGGUAUACCGGGGCAACGGGACCGAGACGUCGCGAACAACUAAAACGCUAUGCGUGGGCGAUGCUGCCCUGGGUCGUUCUCCAGUCGCCGUGGUGGAACACGCUUCUUCGUCUUCUUCUUCUGGCGGGACGCGGACGCUGACGCGAUACCAGCUCAGCGAACAGCUAGAGAUCGACGACGGCGCCAAGAUGGUGCCGUAUCAGGAGUACUCGCCGUACGGCUCGAGCACGUACAGAGCAGCGAACGCCGACGCCCCCCGAGCCUACCGGUUCGCCAGCUAUUGGUGGGACACGGAGAGCGGGCUGUAUUGUUGUGGGGAGAGGUACUACGCGCCUUGGCUCGGGCGCUGGACAUCGACUGAUCCCCUGGGCGUGGCGGACGGGCUGAACCUGUUCGCCUACGUGAGGAACGACCCCAUCAACUUCGAUGACCCCGGAGGCACCACCAAGAGAAAGAAAGGCAACAAGACACCAUCAGAGGCCAGUGUCUCCGGGGGUGUUCGAGAACAAGGACCUGCUGCGUCCACGAGCUCUGAUAACACUCGGGCCUCUAAUACGUCUAGAGACGACCGUAUCUACCACAGCGAGCCUCCCCCAGUUGGGAAAAAUCUCAAAAGGCUUUGGCGCGCCACCAUGGAGAUGAGAGGGAUUGCAUUCGUGCAUUUCAAAGUAUUGGCUGGUGUCCGCGCGAAAUACGCCGGCAACUUCAAUUUAGAAGGCGAAAAGGCGUCUUACUGGGCCAUGACCCGGGAAUCCGCGGAGGCCCAUGCGGAACACUUGGUCCACUCGAUAUGGGGUCCAAGCGAGACUCUGGUGAAGAAGGUGCUCAUCUUCAUGGACGUUCCGGAAAAGACGCUCAAGCAAGCUGGGUCGAAUGUGCUACACCACGGCCUGGGAGUAACUCCGGAGUGGACGCAGGUACUUACCUACAUACCUACUUUACCUCCCUUACGUGAGCUGCUUAUCCCGUGGCGUUCCCUCUCGCUAACACCGCCUGGCCACGGUUACAAGAGGAUUAAAACCUACUUCGUCGACGACGAAUCGCUCCAGGUCUUUGUCCAGGGGCUGAACGAACAGUCCAGGGUCUCUGAGUCAGGUGAGGAAAAGGGCCUCGAAUACGCGGAGGCCGAGAAGCUAAUAAGGAUAGACGUCGAGAGGAUAAGGGGAGAGCGCAGGGCGGAGAUCACGAUCAGCGCCGAGUCUCCCGUCCUAGAAAAUACCAAGACGCCUGCAUUUGAGUUGAAUAGGCAGAUCCAGAUGCAAGUCGCCUUCAAGGGCGCAGCGCUGGACAAGCUGACGACGUACAAUGCGGGCCUCAUGGAGUAUAAGAGUCGCAGGUGGUAUGGUAGUAUGCAAUGGUGUCUGCCGUCAUGGGCCGGAGGGGUGGUCUGGGCAACAAUGCUCUUCCACAUCUGUUUCAUUAUACAAAACUAG